UGUAGUGAGUGACCACUAGAUGGCACUGGAUACAAAUGUAUUUAAAGGAAAUAAUAACUAUGAUUAGCUUGCCAAAGUGCUGUAUAGGCUUGAAACACUGCUACUUUGUGCCCAAAAAUUGUAAAAGAACUAAUGGGUACCCACAUCAUGAAUGGCUAAAGAAUGAGUUGCGCUUAAAGCCCAUCCCUCCAGCACCACAGACAGCGCCUGCCCAGGACCAGGCAGAGUACAUAUUCUCAGCCCAGUUCUGUACAGUGUGAGGGCAGUCAACGUCUGGCUGGGCAAUAACAGAGAAAUGGAGGAACUAAUACCACUAGUAAACCGGUUACAGGAUGCCUUCAGUGCCAUUGGGCAGAACUACCAGGUGGAUUUGCCACAGAUCUCUGUGGUGGGUGGUCAGAGUGCAGGAAAGAGCUCGGUAUUAGAGAAUUUGGUGGGCAGGGAUUUUCUACCACGAGGAUCGGGUAUCGUUACACGACGUCCCCUUGUACUGCAGCUUAUCACUGCCAGCACAGAAUAUGCUGAGUUCCUGCAUUGCAAAGGAACUCGAUUUUUAGAUUUCAAUGAGGUGCGCCAGGAAAUUGAAGAAGAAACAGAAAGAGCUACGGGUUUAAAUAAAGGAAUUUCUGCCAUUCCCAUCAGUUUGAGGAUUUAUUCACCACAUGUGUUGAAUCUGUCCCUUGUUGAUUUACCGGGAGUCACAAAAGUUCCAGUGGGUGACCAGCCAGCAGACAUCGAGAUACAAAUCAGAGAUAUGAUCCUGCAGUUCAUCAGCAGAGAAAAUUGUCUUAUUCUUGCUGUGACUCCUGCCAAUACAGACCUUGCAAAUUCUGAUGCUCUCAAACUCGCCAAAGAAGUAGAUCCUCAAGGUCUUAGAACCAUUGGUGUGAUCACUAAACUGGAUCUUAUGGAUGAAGGAACCAAUGCACGAGAAAUAUUGGAGAACAAGUUGCUUCCCCUUCGCAGAGGCUAUGUUGGUGUUGUAAACAGAAGCCAGAAAGAUAUAGAUGGGAAAAAGAAUAUUAUUGCUGCACUGCAGGCUGAAAAAAUGUUCUUCACAACCCAUCCAGCUUACAGACACAUGACAGACCGAAUGGGAACAUCACACCUUCAAAAGAUGCUAAAUCAGCAGUUGACUAACCACAUUCGAGAAACCCUGCCUGAUUUGAGAAGCCAACUCCAAGACCAGCUUCUGUUACUACAACAUGAUGUUGAGGUUUACAAAAGCUUUAACCAAGACGAUCCAUCAAGGAAGACUAAGGCAUUGCUGCACAUGGUCCAACAUUUUGCAGUGGAUUUUGAGAAGAGGAUUGCAGGGUCAGGCGAUCAAGUGGACACCAUGGAACUUUCAGGCGGUGCUAAAAUUAACCGUAUUUUUCAUGAACGUUUUCCAUUUGAACUUGUGAAGAUGGUUUUUGAUGAGAAAGAACUUCGGAGAGAAAUAAGUUAUGCAAUCAAAAACAUCCAUGGCGUCAGAACUGGACUGUUCACUCCAGACCUUGCAUUUGAAGCUAUAGUAAAGAAACAGAUUGUGAAACUGAAGGGGCCAACUCUGAAGUGUGUGGACCUAGUAAUGCAAGAGUUAAUUAAUACAAUCAAGAAGUGCACAUCUAAGCUUUCAAACUAUCCAAGACUUUGUGAGGAAACAGAAAGAAUUGUUACUUUUCACAUAAGAGAGAGUGAAGGAAAAACUAAAGACCAGGUUCUACUCAUGAUUGAAAUGCAGCUAUCUUACAUCAACACAAAUCAUGAAGACUUCAUUGGGUUCGUAAACGCUCAACAAAGAUGCAGCCUGCUUCAGAAGAAAACUCCAAUAGGAAACCAGGGAAUGAAUCAGCCACCUUCAAAGCAAACAGUGCGAGCUACCAUACCCACUUGUACCAAGACCCAGGAACCUGAAGACCUUCCUCGAGCAUCCCCUAACCGUGCUUUUUGUGUGGUAAUUCGAAAGGGUUGGCUAACAAUUAGCAACAUCAGCAUCAUGAAAGGAGGAGCCAAGGACUACUGGUUUAUUCUAACUGCAGAGAGCCUUUCCUGGUAUAAGGAUGAUGAAGAAAAAGAGAAGAAGUACAUGCUACCUUUGGACAACCUGAAGGUCCGUGAUGUGGAAAAAGGCUUCAUGUCCAGCAAACACAUUUUUGCUCUGUUCAACACCGAGCAAAGGAAUGUAUACAAAGACUACCGUUGCUUGGAACUAGCCUGUGACUCCCAGGAAGAAGUUGAUAGUUGGAAGGCUUCCCUCCUUCGGGCAGGGGUUUAUCCUGAUAAAUCCAUGAUUGAUUUAGAAGAAAAUACACAAAGCGAUAACUUCUCAAUGGAUCCGCAGUUGGAAAGGCAAGUGGAGACGAUUCGUAACCUGGUGGAGUCUUAUAUGACAAUUAUUAACAAAGGCAUCAGGGAUCUGAUACCAAAGACAAUAAUGCAUCUGAUGAUCAACAGUGUGAAAGAAUUCAUACACUCAGAACUCCUUGCCCAAUUGUAUUCGUAUGAGGACCAAAGUACAUUAAUGGAGGAAUCUACUGAACAGUCCCAGAAGCGUGAAGAGAAACUGCGGAUUUAUCAUUGUCUUAAAGAAGCCUUAAAUAUCAUUGGUGAUAUCUGCACAUCCACCACCUAUACACCAAUACCCCCUCCUGUAGAUGACUCUUGGUUAAAACCACACAGAUCUCCUUCAGAAAGUCCAACUUUCCAACAUUCCUCCAGUGUCAUUCCUCCAGUGUCCACCAUAACUGGACCAUCUGCAGUUCACGGUCUUUCAACUGCUAUCCCUCUUCCAAGUACCCAUGUUGGAGCUCCUCCAGUGCCAACCCGCCCAGGCUCUUUGCCUACUCUUCCUAAUAUCAAUGACCUUGCUGUGAUGCCACCUCAGAUACCUUCACGACCCACAAGAGCACCACCGAGUAUUCCCAGAAAACCUCAUCACGAUGGUUCAUCUCCUCCAGAGAACACUGAUCUCUUGUUCAACCACUGAUAUAUCAGCAGCCUGCUGUCUGUAUUUCUGCAGCCUACAAGCACAGCAGGAAAGCAGAGAAAACCAAGCAAGAUGAAUGAUAUCUGCUAGCCACUAGCUAUGUGUUUGUGCCAAGCUAUGCCAUGCUUCCAAGGCUGGGCAUUUUCCUGUAUACCUACACUUGCACACCAGUACAUACAAGCUGAGGCUAGGGCAGAGUUGGAUUAGGCCGUUGGGACCCCGGAAAAAACUCAGUGGGCCCCUGCUUUCAUGGGCCUCUCUGACCCAGGCCUGCUCCUUUGUUCCACUGUGGACGCUCCCCCACCCCUUCUUACCCAAUCACAGGAAGGCGGCAGGGGAUGUGGGAGUUGCUUUUGAUGUAAGAAGGAGGGCCCUUGAGGUCAUUGGCCCAGUGGGCGCUAGACACCCCAGUCCAACACUGGGUUGGGAAUCACUUAGGGGAAGAUGUAUCACUGGCAGAGUGCAAAACCUAAGUACAAAUGCUAUCCCCCUCCAUUCCU